AGAGAACUAUUGGUGCAAUUUAUUUUUUUGUGCCAACUACAAGGCUGCAGAAAGGUUGUUGAAAAUCAAUGCAAGAAAGAAAAAUUUGAAAUUGUAUCUUGGAACCAAGUCACAUUUACAGGUGAUGGUCAAGUAUCACUAACUUUUGAGCCACAUGAUGUUCCUGGUUGGAAUAGAAGAAAAGUUGGAAUUUCUCAAGACUAUAUUUCUACUGAAAAUAUUGACUACUAUCAAAGGAUGGGUUGUGAAAAUGCUGCAGAAGUGACUGAAGAUGAACUUGAACGACUUAAGAUGUUAGAAGAUAUUCUCUCUUAUCCUCCUCGUUUCAAAAUACAGUUUAAAUCAGAUACAGUAGUAGAAAGAAGCCAAAUAGUGACUGUUCGGUUCAAUCAAGUUCACCCUCCAGUAAAAAGCACAAUCCUGUUAGAAGGUUCUAUAGAAUUACCUCCUUCCCCAUCUGCAAGUACUAGUGCUAGUGCUAGGUCCAGCAUUGAUGUAAUGACACAUGCAAAUGAUCCGCUGCUUGGAGACUGUCUAUUUAUUGUUGCAAGUGAAGGAGAUCUAGGGAAAAAAUGGUUUGAUUUUGGAUCUAGAUUAGGUCUAACUUAUGGUCAGCUUCAAGAUAUUGAACUGACAGGCAUUGAUUUCACACGAUGUACCAGAAAAGUCAUAAUUCAAUGGAGAGAUCAAAAUAGGUCAGAAUCAUGGGAACCUUUAGCAGUAGCUCUUGUUGAAAUUGGGUUUGAAGAUCUAGCGCACAAAGUCAAAGAUAAAUUUAAUCCACCUUCUGUACUUAAAUCAAAACCUGAAGAUAAAGAAGAUGACUAUAAGGGAGUUUAUUGUAAUCUCUGUAAAAAAUAUCAUCUUAAACCUGAAGACAUUCAACAAGUACCAAACAUUGACUCUCCUCCUGAUAUGGUUGAUCUCAUUAACUUGGUAGCAGCGAAGAUUCCAGACAAGUUUUAUCAAUUUGGAACAGCAGUUCAUUUGAAUGAUGGGUUCUUAAAUAGUCUCUAUGACACUUAUCAUAAUCCCAUGGAUAGAUUUAUUGCUGUUUUCAAUAGAUGGAAAGAUAAUGGUCCUGAUGCAUACACAUGGGGUACUGUCAUUAAGGUGCUUGAGUCUGAUGCUAUUGGAGCUCAUGCAGUAGCUCAAGGCGUUAUUGAACAUCUAAAGCAGAAGUGACAGUCUAUGCUUUGAGUUAAUUUAAUUUUAGUGAUUGUGAAUUUUUAUUACAAAUAACACUACUAAUAUAGUUUGCUGACAUUAAUAUUCUUUAUUUGCAUGUGAGUAGUUUUUGUAAAUUUUUCACACUUGGGUGAAACUAAAAUUUGACCAACGCCCACACACAAGACAAAAUUUUAUAAAAGAUUCAAA